AAUCUUUUGGCUGAGAAGGUGGAACAGCUGAUGGAGUGGAGCUCAAGGCGCUCAGUCAUCCGCAUGAAUGGAGACAAAUUCCGAAGAUUUGUGAAGGCUCCACCUCGUAACUACUCUGUGAUAGUGAUGUUCACUGCUCUCCAGCCACAGCGACAGUGCUCUGUUUGCAGGCAAGCUAAUGAAGAAUAUCAAGUACUGGCUAAUUCAUGGCGCUAUUCAUCUGCUUUUUCAAACAAACUCUUUUUCACAAUAGUGGAUUAUGAUGAAGGGGCAGAUGUUUUUCAACAGCUGAAUAUGAACUCUGCUCCGACUUUCAUGCAUUUUCCUCCAAAAGGGAAACCCAAGAGAGCUGACACAUUUGACCUGCAGAGAAUCGGAUUUGCAGCUGAGCAGCUAGCUAAAUGGAUAGCUGACAGAACAGAUGUUCAUAUAAGAGUGUUCAGGCCUCCUAACUAUUCUGGUACAAUUGCACUGGCUCUCCUGGUAUCUCUUGUCGGUGGCUUGUUAUAUCUGCGAAGAAAUAACUUAGAGUUCAUCUACAACAAAACUGGCUGGGCUAUGGCAGCUCUGUGUGUUGUAUUUGCUAUGACAUCUGGUCAGAUGUGGAAUCAUAUCCGUGGACCCCCAUAUGCACAUAAAAAUCCUCAGAAUGGACAAGUG